AUGGUUUUUGAUUUUAUAAUCAUGAGAGGAAAUUUUAGGCGUAUCCUUGGCCGUGUCAAUGCUGCGAGUCAUGACCACAUCUCCUCACACAAGCAGUCAGCUUAUGCUGCUAUCACGAUUGGAAUGCGUAGCAGUUAUGUUCUUGCAAAGUAUCACAUGGAAAUAAAACAUCUUGAAGAUCUUAUUGGGCUGGAGAUGCAGAGCAAGGAAUUGUCUCUGGUUGUUGAUGACAUUAUGAACUCGGUGCGUGAAAUAUCAAAAAAAAUGGAAACAGUGGCAGAACAGACGCAUGAAAUGCUCAGGAGAUUGGAGGAUAGAGAAGAUUAA